UUUCUUCUUUUCGUCUUGCUACUUUUUUUUCCUGAGAAGGUGUUACCUGAACAAGAUAGGCGGCUUUGGCACUAAGAUGUCGAACCGAGUGGUGUGCAGAGAAGCAAGUCACGCCGGCAGCUGGUACACCGCUUCAGGAUCGCAGCUGAAUGCGCAAUUAGAGGGCUGGCUGUCUCAAGUGCAGUCUUCGGUAAAACCUGCCAGAGCAAUCAUCGCACCGCAUGCUGGGUACACUUACUGCGGAUCCUGUGCAGCGUACGCUUACAAACAGGUGGACCCCACUGUCACUCGAAGAGUCUUCAUUCUGGGCCCCUCCCAUCACGUGCCACUGUCCCACUGUGCCCUCUCGCCCGCCGAAAUCUACAGAACGCCGCUGUACGACCUCAAGAUCGACCAGAAGGUUUACGCUGACCUCUGGAAAACCGGGAUGUUCGAGCGCAUGAGCCUGCAGACGGACGAGGACGAGCACAGCAUCGAGAUGCACCUGCCCUACACGGCCAAAGCCAUGGAGAGCCAUAAAGACGAGUUUGCCAUCGUGCCCGUGCUGGUGGGCGCCCUGAGCGAAGCCAAGGAGCAGGAGUACGGCAAGCUCCUCAGUAAAUACCUGGCCGACCCCUCCAACCUCUUCGUCAUCUCAUCGGACUUCUGCCACUGGGGGCACCGGUUCCGCUACACCUACUACGACGAGUCCCAGGGGGAGAUCUACAGAUCCAUCGAGCACCUCGAUAAAAUGGGGAUGGGCAUCAUUGAGCAGCUAGACCCUAUAUCCUUUAGCAAUUACUUGAAGAAGUAUCACAACACAAUCUGUGGACGUCACCCCAUCGGAGUACUGUUAAACGCUGUGGCUGAGCUGAAGAAGGUCGGGCUGGACAUGAACUUCUCCUUCCUCAACUACGCCCAGUCGAGCCAGUGCAGGAGCUGGCAGGACAGCUCGGUCAGCUACGCAGCCGGAUCGCUGGUGGUCCACUGAGGAGGGACCCGUCGAACCCCCCCGCACCUCGGCCCCACCCGCCCCCCCCCUCCCCCCCUCAGAAAGCAGUUUUGGCUUCGGAGUCCCUCCCCGCUCCCCCCGCCCCUUUUCAGGACCGGGUCAGACUGAUGUGCUUGGGGUACAUUACUAACGCACAGCAACCAUUACAAACACACGUAGGAGAAAUAUGCGCCCACCGUCUUAUCUCCCCCUCCCCUCCCCCGCCCCCCUCAACUUGUGCGUUUCCCAGCUUGAGACCUGGUUGAAACCACCUUUCCCCACCCCCCUUUGUGUUUGGGGGGUGGCUGGCAUUGAUUCAGUAUGCUAGUGCAAGUGACACAGCCAGUUUUGUGUUCACUAUGAGCUGGCUGGGGGGUUUGGGGGGGCAAGGGGGGUUUGGGGAGGGGUGUACGAGGCAUGCCAGGACUUUUUGAACUUCACACACCUCCCCAUUUUCCUGAGUGACAGAAAAAAGAACAAAAAAAAACAAAAACAAAUUGUGAGUUGGGGAAAAAUAUAUAUAUAUAUAAAAGCAUUUAUCUUUACAUUUGCACUCUGCAGAACUGUACACUUGUAUUCUGUUAAAAAAAGGAAAAAAACGUUAGCUGUGCUGGAUGUACACUGAAACUGCAAAGGCGCUUUUAUUUUUAACGAAUGAUACCGGACAGGAAGAGAGAAAUAUCAGCUGCUCGUGCAUCUUUUUGGAAGCGUACAUAUAAGCCGUUUAGGUAGCUACUGCCAACACAAUACAACAGAGGCCUACUGUUGCAGUUUCUAAUAAAAGGGCUACACACACACACACGUGCACACACAAGUCCACUAACAUUCUGCUGUACAAUCUAUACCAAAAAAAAAAUAAUAAUCACCUGUUUUUAGACUUUUUUUUUCCCUCCCCGGUCUUUUUCUCAUUUUACCGGUCUUGUUUUUUCACAUAUUCUUUUCCAUAUUUGUUUUGAUUCUACCUUGAUGUUGACCUGCAGGUUUGAAGUUGACCUAUAAGCAUUCAGUAGCACAUUUUUAGCGUAUGCAUUACUGUAGUUCAGCCUUCCCUUUCCAUUAUAAAGUGAGAUUGUGUUUUACGACUGGUGUAUUUUAUGCAUUUGCCCUGAAUUGAUCUUUAUUAUUUUUUGAUCCUGUGAAGUAACAAAACUUAAGAUGCGGUGUGUCAUGCCGAACAGAGUCCCAACUUUUGGCCUGAUUUGGUGAAUAGCAAUUUUCGAAUUUCCUUUCGUCUUGGAGUGACGAUUAGAUGCGUCGUCGCAGACACAAGGUUUGUGUUCGUCACAUUUCCGAAAUAUUUCCACGUUCCUAAAGUGUGAGGUGCCAUAACUGCCCGUUCAGAUGCCACAAAUGAACUGGUUAAGUUGUUUUUGGGGGCAGGUGCACGUCAAAUCCAGUCUGCUGACUGAGCAGCUUGCAGACUGUGCUGGUUUCGCCCGUGGCUACCGUUAUCGGGACGUAAAGUAUCCCUCCCCCACCCCCUCUUAAUUGAAUUUUCCGCAACCAUGUUUGCGCCUUCAUUUCCCAGCAUGCACAGCCAUUCGAAUCCAAAGUCAGGACAGCGAAAGCCAUUUAUUUUUGUUCCAGUAUCUGACCGUUUGCCCCCCCCCAGGUUUACAGAGUGGGUCGUUCCUUUGCCCGUUUGCACCUCCCUGUGUUGAGGCUUCACGAGGAGCUGUGCAUUUCGGAGUUAAGGACCCGUUAGCACAAGGCUCGCCAGCCUGGCGCCCGCCUGAUCUCCCUGCAGAAAGACUCGGAGAGAGGAGGCUAGAUUAAACGUGUUUAUCUGUUCAUCAUUUUGUUUGUCCUUGUCAAUUGCCGAGAGAGAAAUGGAGUGGUCUGCACUUGAAGUCAAGAACCUCUCUUGUUUAAGAAAAAAAAAAAAAAAACAAAAAACUGCAGCACUCCACGGUGGAGUCUUUUUAUCUCAGGUUGCAUUGAUUAAGCACCCGGUAUGCUCUGCAGAUGUUAUCCAGAGAUCAUUAUAAAUGUUUAAAGAAAAA